AGCAGGCGGUGGGGUGGACGGGGGUGGGCGAGGAGCAGCACCCCUUCCUCCCUUCAGCUUGGUCGCCUUCCGGGAGUGACGCAAGACCUGGGGAACCAGCGUGGGGACCAGCAUAGAGACCAGGGAAGGAAAACCGUGCCCUACACGUAGGAUCCAGGAAACGAAACGGAGAGCCGUGCGUGUCAGCACCAAGGUUACUACUCCUUUCCCGCUGACUUCAGAGGAGGUCGUGUGACAUCCGUGCCCAGCGGGUAAAGGGCAAAGGGGGAAAAGAGUCACCGCCCGGCGCCCAGGUCCCUGGACCUUCGCUCUCUCCGGGCUGCGCAGGAACAGCUGCAGCCGCAGAGCUAUUUAAAUCAUGGACAAAAAAAACAUGCAAAUAAAUGGUCCUCAUCUAGGAACAGAUGUGCCACCACCUGGGUAUCCUUCUCAGUAUCCACCGGCAGCAUUCCAAGGACCCCCAAGACAUACUGGAUACCCUGAGCCCCAGACUGGCUACCCAGUGCCACCAGCUGAUUACCCAGUCCCACCACCUGGCUACCCAGUGCCACCAGCUGGCUUCGCAGUCCCACCAGCUGGCUACCCAGUGCCACCAGCUGGCUUCGCAGUCCCACCAGCUGGCUACCCAGUGCCACCAGCUGGCUACGCAGUCCCACCAGCUGACUACCCAGUCCCACCAGCUGGCUAUUCACAUGCUGCCCCAGCUGGCUUCCCUGUUCAGAAUCAGCCUGUAUAUAAUCAGCCAGGUGGACCUGCAGGGAUACCAUGGAUGCCAGCACCACCGCCUCCAUUAAACUGUCCACCCGGAUUGGAAUAUUUAAGUCAGGUAAUUUCAAGUACAAAUUCUCAUACAAAACAAAACUGCGAUUCCAAUUUACUUAACCAAAUUAACAAAUUCUUAAUAGGUUUUGAAACUAAUAACAAAUACGAAAUUAAGAACAGCCUUGGACAAAGGGUUUACUGUGCAGUGGAAGAUACUGAUUGCUGUACCCGAAAUUGCUGUGGACCAUCUAGACCAUUUACAUUGAGGAUUCUUGAUAACUUGGGUAAAGAAGUCAUAACUCUGGAGAGACCGCUAAGAUGUUCCAGCUGUUGUUUCCCCUGCUGCCUUCAGGAGAUAGAAAUCCAAGCCCCUCCUGGUGUACCAGUAGGUUAUGUUACUCAGAACUGGCACCCAUGUCUGCCAAAGUUUACAAUUCAAAAUGAGAAAAGAGAUGAUGUGCUAAAAAUCAUUGGUCCAUGUGUUGUGUGCAGCUGUUGUGCAGAUAUUGAUUUUGAGCCCCUCUGCUCCCGGCCGCCCAGUCCGGACUGUGAGACUGGAGGUCAAGGCCGCAGUGAAGGGAGCUCCCCUGGGCACCUCCCAGACAGCCCCACCCUGGAGGACGCCACUCUCGAGCCGAUGACUUUCCAGUUCCAGCUGCUGUCGACUUCCUUGUUCGUCUCUGCCCUUAACCAUAGAAUGUUGCCAGAGCCUCUCCAAGGAGCGAGAAAGGGGGCCUGGGGUGGGGAGGGCGACUCCGCUUCGCUCUCGGCGGGGCUGCAGCCUCCAGCAGCAACGCGGGAUCCCGCUCCAGCCCGGGACUAG